AGGGGAGGAGGCCUAUGGGCCUUUUUCUGCCAACCCUGCCCUCACCUGCCUUUUGCCUUCACAGAUGCUCACUCUCUUUGCUAUAACUUUACCAUUGAUUCUCAGCCCAGACCUGAACAACCGUGGUGUGUGGUUCAAAGGCAGGUGGACGGAAAUGUUUUUCUCUCCUGUGACUGUGGUCAUGCUAAGAUCCAAUUCACAAGUCCAUUGGGGGAGGAAGUGAAAACGACAAAGGCCUGGGAAACACAGACUGAAACACUCAGAGACAAUGCGGACUUGCUCAGGGAGCAGCUGCCUGAUGUUACGUCGGAGAAUCACACAGUCACAGACCCUCUCACCUUGCAGGGCAGGAUGACAUGUCGAUGUGAAGAGGAUGGACACAUCAGUGGAUCCUGGCAGUUUGGCUUCAGUGGACAAAUGUGCCUCCUCUUUGAUUUGGAGAAUGGACACUGGACAGUGGUUCAUUCUGGAGGGAGACGGAUGAGAGAGAAGUGGGAGAAGGACAGGGCUGUGAGCAACUUCUUCAAGAAGGUCUCCAUGGGAGACUGUCAGGCCUGUCUUUGGGAUUUCUUGGUGCACUGGGAGGAAAUGUCGACAACCACAGGUAAGUGAGACUAGAGGAAAGAAGUGGUAGUCCACUCAAAGGGACAUGGACCCACCCCUCUGUGUGUGUGUGUGUGUG